AUGGCGGCCAUUUUUUCAUGGAAACCCUUCGCCUACUUCGCCCUUUUCUUCGCCUUUACCCUUACUCCUCUCGUCACAAUCGCUGGUCGCCGCCAUCGUCGUCUUUUCUUCUUGUCCAUUCUCCUUCUCACUGCAAAAGUCCAGUACGAUGGCGAGUUGGGAUACACAACCAACACAACUUGGUUUGCAUGCCUUCUAAUGGCGUCGGACUUUCUCCUCCUCGCCGAUGUGCAACUCGAGCGAGAAUUACAUCGCCCAGAGGAGGGCAGUGGGAGACGAUGGAAACAAGGGACUGGCUUUCUGGAUGAAAAGACACUCCGGCAACGCUUCGUUUGGGCAUUAGACCUACUCUUUACAAGCGGCAGAGGCGUUGGAUGGGCCUAUCAACCUCGCCACUUGCGACCACAGCUCCCAGAUAUUCCCAAAUCCACCUUCCUCAUUAGACGAACCCUCCUGCUACUGUUCAUCUUCCUCACCCUCGACUUCGCCAAUGCCCACCAGCACUCGAAUCCGGUGUUUUGCGCAAGAUUAGGGCUGGUGAACGCAGGCUGGCUAUGGCGUCUCACCGGGACUGCUUGCUGGGCAGCUCUUGCCAUGAGUGUUUUGUCAAUCCCUCAUCUAUUACUCGGCAUCGCUGCCGUUGGCUUCGAUAUAUCUCGACCGCGGGACUGGCCACCAUUAUUCGGCAGGCUUGAAGAUUUGACAAGUGUGCGGGCAUUUUGGGCACGAGGCUGGCAUCAAUAUCUCCGCCGGUCCCUUACCGCUCACGGACGGUACCUUGCCAAUUCAGUCCUGAAACUCCCUCCCCGCUCCCUCUCAACUCGUUGCAUAGUCAUCUCCACCGCCUUUUUCCUCUCGGGACUCGUUCAUCAACUCGGCGAGCGCGUCCCUCUCAAACGUGUUGGUUAUGGUCCUGGCGGCGGGUCUCUCAUGUUCUUCUCCCUCCAGCCACUUGCCAUUGGUUCCGAAACGCUUGUUUCGCUUUAUUUUCAACGCACAUCACUGUCCCCGGCAUGGCGCCGAGCCCUUGGAACAGCUUGGGUGGCUGCGUGGUUUGUGCUGACAUUGCCGAUAAUGCAGGACCCGCUGUUGCGAACAGGUGAGAUGGACCCGAAAUUCCACACCAGUUUUGUCACGUGGGUCUUGGGAACGGGAUGGGAUUUGGAGCAUUCGCGAAUCUGCUUGUUCGAGUAG